CCGCCGAGCCCAGAACGCUAGCGCCAACGCCAAGAGCGGCAGACGAGUACGUACGAGACCCGGCCGCGCGCGCGCGGAACCCAACCAGCGUCCAGACUCCAGAGUAGUGGGCGGGGGCUACCAUGCAGCACAGCCCCGGUCGUUAGCGCCAGCACCCACCGUCGCCGCCCAUACAUAAAUCGCAGCAGCAGCAGCAUCACUACCCGCCUCCACCGCCGACGUCCAUCACAGAGACAGCGAGAGAGAGGAUGGGGAACUGCCAGGCGGCGGAGGACGCGACGGUGGUGGUGCAGCACCCGGGCGGGCGGGUGGAGCGGCUCUACUGGGCCACCAGCGCCGCCGAGGUCAUGCGCGCCAACCCGGGCCACUACGUCGCGCUCGUCACCCUCCGCGUCGCCGAGGACAGCCGCCGUCCGGCCGACCCGCAGCAACGGGGGCAGCGCGGCGGCGGCACGGUGCGGCUGACGCGGGUGAAGCUGCUCAAGCCACGGGACACGCUGCAGCUCGGACACGCCUACCGCCUCAUCGCCAUCGCCGAGGUCGCCAAGGCCGUGCAGGCCAGGAAGGACGAGAAGACCAGGAGGGAGCAGCGGCAACAGCAGCAGCAGCUGGGAGGAUCGAAGCAGGCCGGCGGUGAGUCUGCAUCCACCGGUGACGACAAGGCGCUGAUGGACGAGGGUCUUGAUCAGCUGGAGCACCAAGACAAGGACAGCCACCACCGGAGCAACUCGGCUAAAAAUUCGAGGCAUCGCCAGUGGCGCCCUUCUCUGCACAGCAUCGCCGAAGUCAGUAGCUGAUGCUAGCUGAUUAGCCGAUGAAUGAUCUGUCUUUUAGAGUUCAUGUUCAUCAGUUGGUUGCUAGGUUCAAGUUCGACAGCUGGAUCAGUACUAUAGAAGAUGAGCAACUGGAACUUGGGACACGUAGGAUUAUUGUUGAACAAAUUUGUGUGAAUGUGUGAUGUACCGUAGUAUAUUUGUUCUGUUAAGAUGCAAAGUACAUCUACCUGGAGAUUUAGCUUUUGAGGAUCUCUGUUGUGGUGUAGUGUAUCUGUAUUAAUUGUUCUUGGUGCCGACUUUGCAAUCAUCAGGCUUCGGCUUAGUGCGGAUUCGCAAUCAUAAGCUGACUAUAAUGAUA